AGAGGAGGAAGGAGCGGAGAAUGGAAACAAAGAGAGAGAAACAGGAGGUGUUUUCAUUAUUUUCUCUCUAGUGCACACAUUCAUUGAUGCAUCAGUCCUGCUCCCCUCUCCCCAGGUGGAGGCUCAGUGACGCUGGAUGCCUGACUAUCUCCUCUCAUUAUCAUUCCCCCACCCCCUCCAUCCAUCUUCCACUACAGCCGGAUAAGCCAACCACUAACCCGCUCGACUCUCUCUUACGGAGCAGGGAUUUGAAGAUUGCGUUCUCACAUUCGUAAUCAGAUGUAAGAGAGGAUUAUCUCAAGGUCUCCUCCAUCUUGCACAGCCGGGGGCUGCCAAGACAAAGGAAGGGAGAGAGGAGAGGAGGCUGUGGAGGAGAGCAGAGUGGGAGCUAUGUGAAUGGAGUGGAGUUAAAGAUAGAGAGAGAGUGAGAGUGAGAGAGAGAGAGAGAGAGAGAGAGAGAGAGAGAGAGAGAGGGGAGAGAGGGAGAGGUCACCUGUGGAUGUGAGGAGGAGGAGGAGGAGAGGGAGGUUGAAGGCUUUCUAAGGAACUGCACCCAUCACCCGACACAUCCGAAAGGGACAGGAAAGAGGGGAGGAUAGAGCCUCAGCAGCAAGUGUUUCACUGUGAAAGGUGAACCAUGGCAGCGGCUGGGCGUCCUGUGACGGAGCUGUACCCACUGGGGGGAGCUGUUUCCUUGGAAUCAUGCCGUCAGGCCGUCAGUGAGAUCUGUAAAGAACAUUCGGCAACUCCUGCCAGAGAAAGUAAUCACAGUAGUCUAGUGGUUGGUGGAGAGCCUGGUGAACAAAAACAAAGCCCAUCUGAAAGCUGUGUGCCCUCCAGGGCUUCAAGCCACCCCCAUAGUCUGGCAGAGACACCCUCACCUCACCACGAGAUAGUCAUGAAUGCAAUCAAUGAGACCCUCAGGCUGGCAGAACAGUGCAGAGCAUAAAGCCAGCCUCCCUGCCUGUUCACAGGAUUCCCUCAGGGGAUUUACCUCUGGUUACACAGGGAGUGGCCCCGCCCGGCUCAAGACAGUGAGACUCAUGGACCUGCUUACCAUGGUGGAGAUAAGGCUGAGAGUCACUCCAUGUUAGCCUGCAAGCAGCCCAUGGAGCUGCAGCAGUGCAACAUUAUCACCACUAUCUGCAGAGGGGCCAGCAGUGUAGAAGGUGGCGUACAGCAGCCUCAGACCCGGUGUGUCUGUGUCUCGUCCCCCAUAGCAGCAGCCAAAGUGGAUGGUGUUGAAAAAAAGGUCAAUCUUCCCCCUAACUGUGACAAGGCACUCUGCUACGGCUCUUAUUUCCAUCAUGCCAACUUUGAGGAUACAUUUGCAGCCUACUGCCAUCCCCAGCCCAUCCCAGCACACUCCCAGCUGCUGCCACGCCAAAUAGAGCCAAGCUGCAACAUCCAGCGUGCAGCUGCGCCUCCUUCACCAAUGAACCACCUCACCCUGCCUCGCCUCAUCUCCUCUGUCAGUGAGACAGGCCUGGAUGCCAAACACCUGCUGCGGUGCUGCAACCUCAACUGCUCUUGGAUCAGCUCGCUGCCUCCUGGUGCUGGGCCACAAUCUCAAAAGUCCUUUGGUUUAGAGGAGUGCUGCAGCAGUCCCGUUGGCCACGUCAGAACAAUGACCCGCAACAUGGGGACUAUGACAGCCCACAAAGUACUGAGGGAUGUUGGGGUGCAGACAGAGCAGACUGUCACACCUCACGUGUUCCCCCAGGUCUGUCUGGCAGCGGAGAGCAGGAGUGACACUACCUGCAACCAAACCCUGAACACGGACAGCGAUGGAGGCAAGAAAUUGAGUGGUGCUCCCAAGUCCCCAGUGAAAGAGGUGAAGUGGGAUGCAGAAGGGAUGACAUGGGAGGUGUAUGGGGCCUCUGUGGACCCUGAGGAGCUGGGUCUGGCCAUCCAGAGACACCUGGAGCUGCAGAUCAAGGAGACAGCAAUCCAUGCGGCCAAGCUGUCACGCCAGAACACCAGCACCUCCCGGCAAAGCAGGAACACCGGCAGUCAGAGGAAGAAGAGCAGGAUGAUGGGCUCCAUCCGAACCCCGGCCUGUUGCGCUCGCACCACUACAGCUGUUGACUAACUGGCCCUCUGAGUGAUGGACAGGACAGAACCUGAACACUGUGUUCAGUAGCCAGUAUGGCUACUCAUAGCCUCAGCCUCAAAUGACCAUCUGAUCAGAAGGUCUACGGAACAUAGAAUAAUCUGCAUACUACCAGAAGGGGUAGUAUGCCUGCAUACCAGAAUCAGUGAAAAGUUCACAUGAAAUGAUGACUAGUGAUGACAUGUUUUCUCAUUAUGAAAAAAGGGAAAUCAAAAUAAAAAAGUGUUGUAAAGGAGACUUAUGAAGAACUAACAACAGAUUUAUAUUUCAUUAUUUGUUGUCUAUGUUUCAAUAUUUCAACUAGUGUGAAGAUGAUUCCUGCAGCUGUGCACUGCCAGUGUGUUCAGAGGGCCAUACAGGUGUGUCUGCCUUCAUAAUAAACUACAGGACAUAGACACAAUCAAACAACCUGUAUAGUGUAAAGUCAUCUGAUACAGUCCUGCAAUAAAUACUAGUAAAGCUCAUAGUGAAUGUGUGUAGUCGGGAAUAAAAUGUAAUUCAAUACAGAGGCACCUCAACCUAACCCUAACCCAACAUAACCAUAACCCUAACCAGACCCUAAUACUUGCGGCUGUGGCGUCCCCUUAUCGGAAGGUUGUUGGUUCGAUCCACGGCUCCUGGUGCCACAUGUCGAAGUAUCCUUGAGGAAGAUACUGAACCCCCGAAUUGCUCCGUGCGUUCGGUGUGUGAAUGUGUAUAAAUGCGUUAGUUUCUGUUCGAUGGACUUUUCCAUCACUGAGGUCAGAAGACUAGAAAGGCGCUAUACAAGUACAGGUCCAUUUACCAUUUACCACUUACUCGUUUAGGGUUAACCCCCCUUUGCUUUCUCCUUCUCCUCCCUCUACCCCCUGACACUUAUUUAUUUCCACCAAAUUAGCUCUGGUUCUUGAACCAGUUCCUUCAUGCCUGGAACCUUGGUGCUAUCUAGUGAAUCAAUGAACAGCAGGUUUCCCUGGGGAACCAAAGUGGGUGUGUCAUAUUCUACAGGUCGUUGCGCAUUGUGCAUCGAUUGAUGCGUCCAGUCACAGUGUUUCCACUCAAAACUGAUGGAAACUAGAUAGCACCUAGGUUCCAAGACUCUUGAACGAACCAAGCUAAUUUGGUGGAAAACCAGCAUUUGUGGUUUUGGUGUCCCUCCUCCUGGCUGACUGGGCAGUGAUCUGCACAUAUGUCAAUGGACGCCUGGCAGAGUGAGCCACUUUACCUAACCCUCAUCCUUAUCCCUCAGGGCCCAGUCUACAACUUCAAAAAUGACCAUAUAGUCGAAUCAACAUCUCUCUUACACAGUCACAACAAAAACUUAACAUUGUUAGCACACUCGUGCACAUACACUAAAAAAGAAAAUGAGUAUCAUAAUAAUACUGUAAGAAAAGUAAAAGUAGCGGAUAAAUAAACUCUGAGAUAGAUUGAUCAUGUCCUUUGGAAGGGAGUUCCAUAGCUUGUGGCCUCCAAAAUAAAUUAAUACUGUACAUAUUGUAUGUGUUUGGGGAAUUCAGACUAUGGAAACAAGAUGAUAGUCUUUUAUUGAAUAAGUAAUAGACACAUGUAGGUACUUCCAUGUGAUGUGAUUUGUUUAGCUAACCUGUAUUUUCAUAAAUAUGGUUCAAGCUUUUGGGUUCAGUAUAUAUUCCUUUUCCACAUAUUUAUCAUGAGUUUUAUUGGGUUUUGGGAUUUUGUUUUGCUGGGGAUUUUUUGCAAUUUGGAUGUGAUUAAAAUGAGACUUCCUGGA